GACAUUGUCAAUGUUGAUUUCGAUUACUUCGAUCUCAACCCAGAUGUCGAUUUCCAUGCCACCAAGACUUUCAUCACACAAUUAUUGGGUGACGAUGCAGGAGAGAUUGACGUUUCUGGGUUAGCAGACUUGAUGUUAUCCCAAAACUCCGUCGGUACCACCAUCAAAACCGAAGGUCAAGAAAGUGAUCCAUUUGCAAUGUUAACCGUCCUUAACAUCAACGAACACAUCACUAAGGCACCAAUGAAGAAAUUGACAGAUUACGUUCUUUCGAAAUCCAAGAAGCAGACCGAGUUCAACUUGGUGUUACGUAAGUUAUUAGGUAAGAAUGGGAAGGUCGGUUUGAUCUUUAGCGAAAGAAUGAUCAAUAUGCCUGUUGAAGUGGUUCCUCCAAUGUACAAGAUGCUUCUUGAAGAAAUGGAGAAGGCCGAGGAUGCACACGAAAAAUACGAAUUUGACUACUUUUUGAUUGUUUCGAAAGUCUACAAAUUGGUUGCUGCGAAAGAAGAGGAGGUUCAAAGGAGCAAGAAGAAGAAGAAUUCUGACCCUCAAGAGCAGAUGGACUACUUCCAUUACGAAGACAUUAUCCUUGAGCAAAACGCCAAAUAUCACGGUGUCUUCGAUUUCACCAACGAAAAGCAGGAUACGGACAGUAGAAGAGUUUUUACCGAAUACGGAAUCGAUCCAAAAUUGAGUUUGAUUUUGAUCGAGAAAGAUCAGUUGGCGAAGUCUGUUCCAGAGAUGGAACUCAAGUUCCCUCCAUUUUAA